AGAUACACCGCGGGACAAUCUGAAUGCCAGCCCUGGCGGCUGAAGCCUCGCUGUACGGUCACGUCACGUCCCUGUUUCGAAGCACCUUGGAUACGAUAUCUAGCUAUCUACCCCCUACACUCUCUUGUAUCUUCAUUUUCCCAUUUUUCCUAGGCCGUGGUCUCUGGACAGAGUUGCUCUGUAAUAGUCACUAGCGAUUCAUCGCGAUGUUGCAACAACCGGCUCGAAUUGGUUCAUUCGUUCUCCACUCUCGCAUUCUUUAGUGGCCGACGUGUGCUUCCGCGGUCGCAGUCUCGGCCCACUAGGACAAUUUACGGGUCCAUCUCGCAAGAUAUCUGAUCAAUUAUCAGAUCAGUUAUCAGAUCGAAGGGUCCAAGUCCACCAGACUGGACGACACAGGGACAAGAUGAGCGCCGAACGACAGCCAGCAUGGCUGGGCGCCGACGAGGUGGUCGGCGCAUCCAAUACUCGAAGUGGAAGUACCGGCGAUAUCACGCUGCAAGAAGAGGACAUUGUUCCGGCGGCCGAGGGAGGAGUCAUGGGUUCCAAACAGGUGCAGGAUACAGACGAGGAGACGCCUCUGAUAAGGAAAACGACUUCUACAACACUGCUGGGGGAAGAGUCUGAAGAGCGCGGAGAUUUCGAUGGCUUGCCAUGGUACAAGAAACCAUCCAUAUUCUGGAUGCUUCCUCCAUACCUCCUAUCCACGAUGGCAUUUGGCGGUGUCAUGGUCCCGAAAUUGAACCUCAUCCUUACCCUGAUCUGUCGAGAAUAUUUCGCCGACCAAGCGUUGGCCGACCCUACCUUCACAUACCUCCCGGUCGUCUUUGGAGAAGAGAACGAGCAGUGCCGUGACGCGGGGGUGCAAUCGCGUGUUGCACAAUUCAACCUUGCAGGAACCGUUAUCUCGGGCCUCCUCGCAGCUCUUGUGAGCCCGAAACUGGGCGCACUGUCCGACCGAUACGGGCGGAAGCUGAUCAUCGUGCUCACGAACUUCGGGAUGUUCAGCGGCGAGAUUAUUACUAUAUUUGCCGCCAAAUAUCCCGAUAUCAUCUCCGUAUAUUGGAUUCUAGUUGGGUUCGUCUUCGAUGGAAUGUGCGGCUCGUUCAUCACGUCCAUGGCUCUUGCGCAUUCGUAUGCAACGGACUGUACGCCUCCAUCGAAGCGGAACGUGGCGUUUGGAUACUUCCAUGGCUGCCUUUUCACGGGAAUUGCUAUCGGACCCAUCGUUGCAGGCUACAUCGUCAAGAAGACCGGGACCGUCCUGCCGGUCUUCUACUACGGCAUCGCGGCACACAUUCUCUUCAUCGCCUUACUCGCCUUCGUUAUCCCCGAGUCCCUCAGCAAAUCCCGCCAGCUGCUCGCGCGGGAAAAAUACCGCGUCAAACACCUCGCCUCCGGGCCUCCCUCCUUUCUCUCCUCCCUCCGCCCCGCCAACUUCUUCGAACCCCUCCGCAUCCUCUACCCAACUGGCCCCGGAUCCUCUUCCGCGCUCCGUAGCAACCUCCUCGUGCUUGCCGCCGUUGAUACCCUUGGGUUCGGCGUCGCCAUGGGAGCCUUCCAGAUCAUCGUCAUUUAUAGCAACUUCAUGUUCGGCUGGGACACAUACACGCAGUCCUUGUUCAUCUCCAUCGUCAACACCUGCCGCGUCUUCGGGUUGCUCGUCAUCCUUCCACUGCUCAACGGCUACGGCCGCAGGUGGCUCACGGGCACUACCCACGUGUCGCGGAGUGGUUCGGACACUUUCGAAUUGAACAUCAUCCGUGUGGCGGUCAUGAUUGACACCCUAGGAUUUCUGGGAUACAGCUUUGCCAGGGAUGGGAAGCUGUUCACCCUCAGCGGCAUCGUCGCGAGCUUUGGCGGUAUGGGGGCGCCGACGUUGCAGAGCGUCUUGACGAAGCAUGUCCCACCAGAUAAGACGGGGCAAUUGCUUGGAGCGCUGGGACUGUUGCAUGCUCUGGCAAGAGUGAUCAGUCCGACGAUCUUCAACGGCAUCUAUAGUGCAACGGUGGGGAAGUAUUCUCCAACGGUGUUUAUAUGUCUGACCGCGACGUUCUUUUUGGCGUUCGCGUGCGCUUUAUUCAUCAGACCGAACGUGUAUCUCCCCGAGCAAGAAGAGUAUCAUGAUGACGAUUACAGGGAAAACGACGAGCUUCUGGCUAACUCCUGAACUCAGCGACUAGGUUCUGAGUCUGGAAUAGACAUACUAGAGUAUAUAGGCCAUCUGGGCCACGAACUUCUGACGAUCUUACGCAUGCACUUGGAUUUGUGGACAUCACGGGUGUCUAGCGUUCGUUCAGGGAUGAUUGUAUAUAGUACCUUGAAGCGUUGUUUAUAUCGUACAUUUUAUUAAGCAUUAUGAUUGUGGCAUGAGCUACAUUAUUGCACCAACGACCUAAAAUCAAAUCGUACAGUCCUACAGUCUCCGGUUGAGCUCGAAUCAUCGUUCACGUCCCCCGACCAUUUCGAAACAUCCUCCAACUACGUCUCCUUCCACUCCGUCCUCCCCAACCUGAUAAUAUCACUCUGCCCCAACUCCCACACCCCCUCCUCCCUCUUCCCCUCCACACAAUCCAACCCAGCCC